AUGGAAUACGAUUUUCAAAGCCGACCUUCUUCAGUAAGAUUUAUCUUAAUUUAGGCAUUUAACUUAAAAGGAAGACCUGAUAGUGCUAAAUCACGCUUACCAUCUUAAUUGUCAAACACUUAUGGAGGCACUAAGAAGUUACCGAAUGUUAGACCGCAUUCAGCUGUAGUGACAAAAAAUUCGAAACUGUAAAUAAUUUUUACUAUUAUUAGAGGAAAGAAAAGAACAGAUGAAGAGGUUAUUUUAGAAGAGUAAGAUUAUGAUAAUUUUGAUAAGCAAGGAAUAGAGUAAUUAUAAUUGUUAAAAAUUAAGUAUUAAUGCCAUUUUAUUAAAUCCACCUUCAUAAAUUGGGGAUAAAAAGUUACCAAAAAAUAUUAAAAAAGAAAAGGAAACUUUAUAUGAAGAACAAAUAGAACUCAAAUAAUAAAUCAAUAAGAUCAAAGAGGAGAAUGUGAGAUUGAAAACUAAAAAUGGGUAACUUUAAAAGGAAAAUUCAAAAUUGGAAAAGCUACUUGAAAAUUUGGAUAGCUAUAUACAAACAGGUUAAGGACAUCAAGCAUUGGGGGAUCAUAUUUUAAUGAAUAAUCUAAAGAAGACUCUGAAAGAUGUGAAAUCAUAAUUAACAGAAAAAGAGGCCGAGUUAUCGAUAUUGAAGAAACACAUUAAAGUUACUAAGAUAUAAGAGAUCGAAGCUGAAUUAAAAAACUAUAUAGAAGAAUCAAUAAGACUUAGAAGUUUAUUAGAUUAAGCUCUGAGGAAUUAGGCAGCCUAAAAAAUGUAUAUAAGAUUUUAAUUUUUAGGGCUGUUUAGAUGGAUAAUUUUGAGGAGAAAUUCUAUGUGUAAAUGAAGGUUAUCAAUUCUCUCCAAUAGGAAAUGGAUUAGUUUAAUGGGUUAAUCAAAUAAAAGGACGAGGAACUAUUCAAUGCUUAAGUUAAGUGUGAAUAGUAUGAUAUGUUGAAGACAAGAGCAGAGGAGUAAUCAGAAUAUCUAAAAUAAUAAGUAUAAGAAUAUAAUGAUAAAUGUGAAAUCCUAUAAUAAGAAAUCUAAAAUUUAAAGACCAUAAAUAACAAUUUAAUUAUUAAAGCUACCAAAACUCAUAAUGAUGAUCUGCACAUUAGAGAAUUAGAAUAGAAUAUCAUAGAUCUUAAAAUUAAUAUUGAUGAAAGGAAUGAAACUAUAAAACAAUUAGAAAAACACAUAUAAGAGAUGAAACAUUAUGAAUAAGAGAAUUUCAAAUAAUAAGAAAGAGAGAGAAAACAGUUGGAAAAUGAUAUGGAAUAUUAUAAAAACUAAUUUGAAUUGGUGGAUGAAAAAUAUAAGAAUUUACUAUUAUAAGUUGCAUAGUAAGAUUUCCAGGAAGAAUAUCCGCAAUAAUAGAAAUCAGACAGAAAAAGUGCAAGAACUUCAACUGUUAAAUUGGCUACAAUGGGCACUAUGGCUGUUAUACCAAGUUUUGAAAAGGAUUCUAAACCUCCUCUUUCAUAAUUGCCUAUUAACUAACCACAUCAUCACAAUUAGGGUAGUUAAUUGGGAUUAAUUCAAGAAGAGAAGCCAAGCUAAAAACAACGACCAUAAAGUGGUGGAGUUAGAAGAAGAAGAACAGUUAAAUAAGAAGAUAUUAAGGAUCUAGGCUUAGAAUUGAACAUGAGGUUUAGAUUGAAAAAAUUAAAAUUAGAAGAUGUGGUUGAAAAUGAUCUUUUUGAUGCUUAGAUAAAAUAAAAAGGCAGGAUUUCUAUUAAGGAUAUUGCUUUGAAAUUAAGUGACAGUCCUUUUGAGUUGAAGGAUGUAGAGAAAAUGUACUUAUUGGCUAGAUAUAUGAUUGAAGAUAACACUUAAGAUUGGGUGGAAUAUGAUGAAGAAGCCACUUGUCAAUUAUAGAUAGUGAGAAGCAUAUUCAAAUAAUUGAUAGGAAAAUGUAGAAUAUUUACAGAGGAUGAAGAAAGACAAUAUAGUAAUGAGAUAAGUGCAUAAAUUAUGAAAUUUAAAAAGUCAAUCUUAUCAUAUCUCCCUACAUUUAAUUAGCCUCAACUGACAAAAGAUUAGUUGACAAAAGCAUUUAAUUAUAUUGGAAUAAGUCUUAGCAAUGAAGCCUUUGAUUACUUUUUUUUAAGACUAUUUGAGUUAUAAGGGGAAUCUGAUGUUCGUAAAUUUGACUACAAAUUGGUUAUAGAAGAGUGGGGGAAGGAAGAAAAAGAAUAAAAUAGUAUAAAUUCUUAUCAUAUCUAGAAAAACAAAAGCAACAAGAGAGACGAGAUACAAAGCUUAACACAAACUUUACUUAUGGAUAAAAAUUUAGUAUCGAAAAAUGAU